AUGGUGUUGCUUCGGGUCUCUGAUCGUGAGAUUGGCGAUCACAUAUGUUCGAUUGACGAGUUGAAUGAUCCAUGCCGAAGGACGAUGUUGAUGAGCAUGGUCACUGCACUUUACAGCUCUCACACCAACAAUGAUAGGGACUACGAUGGAUCAGCUGGAGAAGGUGGAAGGUACUCAAAGUGUCUUGGACGUGGAAGAAUCUGGAAAGAUAAAGGAAUUGACAAAAUAGGAGCUAUAGCACAUGGAGUAUAUAUCAUUCGAUUUGAGGAUCCAAAUAUCAGGGACAAUAUAGUGAAUGGUGGUUACAUGUUCUUCGAUAAUAAACCUGUAGUGAUGAAGCCUUGGGAUGCUCAUACAGAUUUCAAGAAAAAAGACAUUACUUCAGUUCCAAUCUGGAUUCAGAUUUAUGGGUUAGACAUCAAAUACUGGGGGGAACGUGCCCUGUUCAAAAUAGUGAAGCAGAUUGGGGAUCCACUGAUGACAGACUCAUUCACCAGGAAUAAAGAAAGAUUACUCUAUCCUAGGGUGCUGGUUGAAGUGAAGUUAAAACAAGAUUUUCCUGAAAUUAUCUCAUUUACUAAUGAGCUGCAACAGGACAUUCACUUGACAGUGAAAUAUGAAUGGCUCCCGAUUACAUGUGGGAAAUGUCAAGGAUUAGGACAUCGGUCUGAGUUGUGUAAGAAGGAAGGAGAGGUGAGACAGAAAUGGGUGGUUAAAAAGAAAGAAGAAGGUGAUGGAAAGGUGGAGAAGCACCCAGAGGUGGAUGAGGAAGGAUUUAUCCCAGUUAAGCAUGGCAAGAAAGUGAUCUCAGAAGGAACUAGUGUGACUACUGUCUCUAAUAACUUUCAGAUUUUAAGGGAUACAGCCAAGGAAUUGGAAGGACAGAUUAAUGGCAAUAGGAAGGGAGGGGGAGAGCCUCCCCAAGGAAAUGGAUAG